UGAUGUUAAACUUAUUGUUAAAAAAAACAUCAAAAAAAAUGCAUUGUGCCUAAAACCUGAAAAUAUUCUUUAUGCCAUGCUAAAAGAUAAUGACAAAAAGAUACGAAACUUUGGUUUUCAAAUCCUACUGGCUCUAAGGCAAAGAGUAAACAACGAAAUUUUGAAAGUAAAUUUGAUGAAAAUUCCGGAAAUUAAUUUUAAUGCUAAUCAUUGGUAUGAGUUGGUUGACAUCAGCAUUACAAAAGUUACGGAGCCCCCUACAACACAACAUUUUUCAAUUGAGCAAAUCCAAUAUAUGAUUGACAAUAACGUUAAACCUGAAAUUUCUGACUUUCCAUCUCACUCCCAGAGUGUUGAGCGAGCGGUAAAACUAGUAUCGGAAGCAUCCCAAUAUGUUUAUGGGUUCGAGAAUCGACACAGUUGCAUUUUAACCAAAUUACUAAGCAGGAAGAUGCGUAAACCAUAUAUUUCAAAAGGACAUUAUUCCCAUUCUUAUGAUGAUAUUUUUUAAUUGAAAAUAUUUUUCUAAAAAUAUAUAUUCCUGUUCAAAA